AUGUUGGACCACAAUGCAUUAGCCCACGUGACGCAGGCAACUUUCACGGGACUGCCGUCCCUCGUCUUCCUGUAUCUGCUGAACAACUCCCUGACUGAGCUCCCUCGCCUCUCGCUCUGCAAGGAGAUGCCGCGCCUCAACUGGCUUGACCUGGAGUCGAACCGGAUCAAGGACGUCAGGAACUCCACCUUCAUGGGCUGUGAGCAGCUCACCGUGCUGAUCCUGAGGGACAACCGGAUCCAGGCCCUAGCGGAGCGAACAUUCAACCCACUCCUCAAUCUGGGAGACUUGGAUCUGUCGAGGAAUCUGAUAGAGCGACUUCCACGGAGAAUCUUUAACGACUUGCGAAACCUGCAGCAGCUGAACAUCUCCUUCAACCCGCUGCGCCGAAUCCACGUGGAGCAGUUCGCAAAGUUGAAGCAGCUUCGGUCUUUGAGCUUGGAAGGCAUCGAGAUAGAGAACAUCCGACAGGAGAUGUUCUGGCCACUCAGAGAGCUGGAGCACAUCUACUUCUCCCACUUCCACCUCUGCUCGCACGCCCCUCUGGUACGAGGUUGUCGCCCGCCAUCUGACGGGGUCUCGUCCCUGCAGCACCUCCUGGCCCCGGCGCCGCUCCGUGGCCUCGUGUGGCUCGUGGCGCUCGCCACCUGCGCCGGCAACGUGGCCGUGGCCUGCGCGCGGACUUGCGUGCCCGCCGAGAACCCCGGGCACGCCCUCAGCAUCAAGAACCUGUGCUGUGCUGACGGCCUGAUGGGAGUCUACCUGCUGGCUAUCGGCGUGUGUGACGCCCGCUUCCGCGGCGACUACAAUCGGCACGCUCACGCCUGGACCAGCAGCAACGCCUGUCGCCUACUCGGAGCACUCGCAGUCCUCUCCACAGAGGUCUCCGUGCUCCUCCUCGCCGCCCUAACGUUGGAGCGCUUUGCCUGCAUCGUGUUCCCCUUCUCGUCCUCGCCACCGCCACCACCGCCUCCACCACCGCCCUCCUCCUCCUCGUCCUCCUCCUCCUCCCGCUCCUCCUCCUCCUCCUCGUCCUCCUCCUGGUCGUCCCGCUCCGUGCCCGCGUCCUCCUGCCGGCGAGGCGGCCGCAGCAGCAGCAGCAGCAGCAGCAGCAGCAGGAGGAGGACCCAGGUCUCGCUGGCCGUGGCCUGGCUGGGCGGCUCGUCUCUGGCGCUGGGCCCCCUGCUGGUGGGCGGGCGUCUGGGUGACGACCUGUACGGACGCAACGGAGUCUGCUUCCCACUGCACGCGGACAGGCGGCCGGGCGGCGGCGGCGGCGGCGGCGGCACGGCAAAGGUCUACUCGGACGGGGUGUUGCUGGGUGUGAACCUCAUCGCCUUCCUCGUCAUCCUCCUCUGCUACUCUUCCAUGUUCUGGUCUCUCCGUGGCCCCGCGCGGGGUGGCGGGGGAGGGGCGGGGCGUGGGGUCAGGAGGUCACGGCCGGGGGUCACCGCCGUGACCUCCGGCCGGGCCCGUCGCGACCUGGGGGUGGCUCGACGAUUCUUCUUCAUCGUCCUCACCGACGCGCUCUGCUGGAUCCCCAUCUUCGUGCUGAAGGCGCUCGCGCUCCUCAGCGUCGACAUUCCCGGCACCAUGAGCUCGUGGGUGGUCAUCUUCAUCCUGCCCAUCAACUCGGCCCUGAACCCGCUCCUCUACACGCUCACCACGCGCCACUUCCGCCAGCGAGCAGCAGUUGCCCUUCGCAGGUGGAGCACCCGGCUGGCACGGCCGGGACACGCAACCUCCACCUCCUCCACCUCCUCCUCCUCCACC